ACCGUAGACUAAUUUAUUACGUAUGUAUGCGAUGUUUUAGUAUUUGACUCAAUAAAAUAUUAUUUUACAUGGGUCGAAUAAAAAUAUUAUCAAGAUGGAGGUCAGUUUUGUACAAACAAUUUCAAAUACCAUAUACUGCACGCAGGGGAAUCAUGGGUAAAAGUUAAUGGUUUUUUAAGUAUAAGCUAUGUAGACGAAAUUAAUCGUUGUUUUUCGAUCUGCCGAUGUAGACAUCGUUUGACCUAAUGUGUCUACAUAUUUCCUUUCAAAAAAUAAGGUAUUUUUGUUAUCGAAAAAACCUUAUAAAUCAAUGCGUACAUCGUUUACCCAGUUAGUUCAGUUACUGGAACCACCACUAUUGGACAUUCUUGCACCUUCAUUUUUUCAUUUCACCGAUCGACGAAAACCGAAAUGAACACGAUCACGAUUGUAGUUUUGGCGGUGUUUGUCUUCUCACAAUGGUCGACCACUGCAGCUGUGGUGCCCACAUAUCCGACGGAAAAACCAAAGGCCCCAGUGCCAGCUCAACUUUUGAGAAACGACUACGUCUACGAUAAUAGCGGACAGUUUAGCCUCAACUAUCAGGUGGAUGACGGGACAUCACAGACUAGGGAAGGAACAUUGGUGUUGAACGACGAAGGAGACGAUUACGUUUUGAUUCAGAAAGGGUCAUAUUCAUACAUUUCUCCCGAAGGCAUUAAAGUUACGGUGACUUACACAGCCGACAAGGAUGGUUUCAAGAUUGUCGAAUCUAGCAACGACGUCCCCGCCAGAGCGUAGCCGGAAAGUCCAGUCAUGGCCCGUAGUCAUAAUAUUAUGUCCAUAGUAUCAUUAUAAUAUUGUAUCAGGUUUAGUGCACACAUGCACGUUUUAUAUUGUUCAUUAUUAUCUUAAACUGAUUAUGUAGUUGUAGUAUAUAGUCGAAACGAAGAAUCAACCACGUAUAGAUUUGAGUGUGCGUGUAAUUACAUAAUAUACAGAGUAGGUAAUUAUUAAAACAUUUGGAACGCAUGAUUAAUAUUAAAAAAAUUUGUUUUUUCCUUACCUAUAUAUCAUAAUGUUAUUAUAUUACGAAUAACGAUGUAUGUAAGUAUGUAACUUAUUUUGAAUAAUUGUACCAGUAAACAUAAAUUGUGAAAUAAAUUAUUUACGCACUAUUUA